GGACAAGCGUGACAUCCACUCUGAUAAAAUCUCUUCCUUUUCUCUUCUUUCUCUCAUUCUUUUCUUUUCUUUUCUUUCUUCUUUCUUCCUUCUCUGUUUUUUAUGAAAAACAGAGGGUUGCAGAGAGAAAGAGAGCAGUAGAUUGGGGAAUGGGAAUGAGGACCCUUUCUUUUCUUCUUCUUUUCUCUUUUGUAUCAUGAACUGCAGAAACAGUACACAAUUCCCACUUCAACCACAAAAGGGACCUCUCCUCUUUGCAGAAGAAGAAGAAGGAAAAAUGGCAAUUUUAGAGCUUAAUAAUACUAAUAAUGUCAUUACUCAUUCUGAAAAACCAUCAUUCUCUGUUGAUGACCUUUACUGUGAAGAAGAGAAAUGGGGUGAUGUUGAGGAAGACGAAGAAGAUUACAGUUUGACUGGAAAUGGAGCAAAGUCAAACGACCAUCUUGACCGUUCCUCUUCUCCUUUGGUCUUGUUGGAGCAAGAUUUGUACUGGGAAGAUGAAGAGCUUCUAUCCCUUUUCAGUAAAGAGAAGGAGACACAUGUUUUUGUUGGUUCUUCCAAUAUUGAGAAAGAUCCGAUUUUGUCAGCUGCCCGGAGAGAAGCUGUGGAUUGGAUUGUGAAAGUCAAUGCGGUUUAUAGAUUCUCUGCUUUGACCGUCGUUCUUGCCAUUAAUUACCUCGAUAGAUUCCUCUGUAGCCUUGAUUAUCAGAAGGAUAAGCCAUGGAUGAUUCAACUUGCAUCUGUUACUUGUCUUUCCUUAGCUGCAAAAGUGGAAGAAAUCAACGUUCCUCUUCUUUUAGACCUCCAAGUUGUAGAUUCAAAGUACGCAUUUGAAGCCAAAACCAUUCAGAAAAUGGAGCUAUUGAUUCUGUCCACACUGAAAUGGAGGAUGAAUGCCGUGACCCCAUUAUCAUUUCUUGAUCACAUUAUAAGAAGGUUGGGAUUGAAGAGCCAUCUCCAUUGGGAAUUUCUCAUGCGAUGCGAGUCUCUCCUCCUCUCUGUUUUGGCUGAUUCAAGAGUUGUACGUUAUAUGCCCUCUGUGUUGGCAUGUUCAACAAUGUUACACGCUAUUCAUCAAGUGGAUCCAUGUAAUGCUACUGAUUACCAAAACCAACUUCUUAAUGUUCUCAACAUUAGCAAGAAGAAAGUGAAUGAAUGCUAUGAGCUGAUAUCGGAGCUGACCAAAUCUCACAAGCGCAAGUUUGAGUGUGAUUUUGGAGGAGUGGUUCCAUGCAGCCCAAAUGGCGUAAUGGAUGCAUUUUUCAGCUCAGAUAGCUCAAAUGAUUCAUGGGUCACAAUGGAUGAUUAUUAUUCCUCUGUUUCUUCUUCACCUGAGCCUCAGCCUCUGAUGAAAAGAAGCAAAAUUGGUCAAGAACAGAAGAUGAGAUUGCCAUCAUUGAGCAGAGUAUUUGUCGAUAUCAUUGGCAGCCCUCGUUGACUCAUGUUCAUAAAUUUUCACUUACUUUUUAUGAACAUAUAUCCACCAGCUCAUUUCAAUAACCUCUGUUCAAAAAACGUGAAAUUAUAGCUUGGAAUCAUCGAAUCUCCUUUGAGCUUCAGCAUUCGGAUGAUGAAGUAAUGGUGGCAACUGGCAAGUACUGCAUGAGGCUGAUUUUUGGGUAUAGAGACAUAAUAAUGAAUAUUAUUAUGAUUAGUACUAAAAAAUUUAAUUCAAUGAUAAUACUUAUUGUACUCCUUUAGCUUAGCCAGGCUUUAAGGAGUAAAAGUAUUAUUCAUUUUAUGAGAGGAGGAAGUAAAAAAGCAGCAAAAAAUUAAAGAGAAGAGAAUAUCUGCUGCGCUCUGUUUAAUUCCCUCUAGUUUUUGUCGUUCUCUCUCUCCCUUGCUCGAGUCUCAUUCAAAGCAAAAAAACAGUUGUAGUAUAAUGUGGACAUAUAUAAUUUUCUAUUGUUUAUUUAUUUAUUAAAUUUAACUAAUUCAUGAUAUUCUUCUUCUUUUUUUUUUCUUUUUGACCAACAUGAUAUUCUUCUUGAUAUCUAUAAAUCUUUUUUUGCAUAGGUUCUUUUUGUUUC